CUCUUCGUCUAUAACGCGCACUGACAUUUAAUAGGCUGAAGGAGUUGGUUGCUUUGGUGUUUAAGCAAUGAAAUACGAAUGAGCACGUCGGCGAAUCGAAAGGAAACUCACCAGCAAAGAGUGUUGAAUGUUAGGGCGCUUGCUGUUGACUCCAGUUUCGGUUGCCAAAAGGAUUUAACUGCCCCUCCGUUCCGAUCUGUGGCUGCGCAGCCGUCAACAGUCAAAUACACGACUGGGAAAAUGACAUUUAAAGAGGAAAACUGCUUUUGUAAAAGCUAAGGAAGUGUGUUUUGGAGGGAGGGCAUGAAUCUGUAAGACUUCUCAGUGUUUGUUUUGUAGAUUUUUUUUUGGUUUUGGUAGUGGGGAACACCUAGUUCCAAGCGGAGGGACGCCUCUUGACAUUAUCUGCUGCGUGGACUGCUGCUUUGUUUCUGCCGCACAAAUGGCAACAGCUCUCAGAGAAAGAAACCCGGGAGGUCGCGCACCUAACCCGAGGAAAGGCCGGAUUUUAGGCAUCAUUGAUGCGAUCCAGGAUGCUGUCGGACCGCCGAAACAAGCUGUCGCUGACCGCAGAACAGUGGAAAAAACGUGGAAGCUCAUGGAUAAAGUGGUGAGGCUGUGUCAGAAUCCCCGGCUGCACCUGAAGAACAGCCCGCCGUACAUCCUGGAUAUUUUACCCGACACCUAUCAGCACUUGCGUCUCGUGCUCUGCAAGUACGAGGAGAGCCAGAAGCUGGCGCAGCUCAGCGAAAACGAAUACUUCAAAGUGUACAUCGACAGCCUGAUGAAGAAGUCCAAACGGGCAAUCCGCCUUUUCAAAGAGGGCAAGGAAAGGAUGUACGAGGAGCAGUCACAAGACAGGCGGAACCUGACCAAGCUCUCGCUCAUCUUCAGCCACAUGCUGGCGGAGAUCAAGGCCAUCUUCCCCGGGGGGCAGUUCCAGGGGGACUCCUUCCGCAUCACCAAGGCCGACGCCGCCGAGUUCUGGAGGAGGUUUUUCGACGAAAGGACGAUCGUCCCGUGGAAGGUGUUCCGUCAGUGCCUUAACGAAGUGCAUCCCAUCAGCUCGGGCCUGGAGGCCAUGGCCCUCAAGUCCACCAUCGACCUCACCUGCAACGACUACAUCUCCGUCUUCGAGUUCGACAUCUUCACCCGGCUCUUCCAGCCCUGGGGCUCCAUCCUCCGAAACUGGAAUUUCCUGGCGGUGACUCACCCCGGCUACAUGGCCUUCCUGACGUACGACGAGGUGAAGGCGCGACUGCAGAAGUACCUCAACAAGCCAGGCAGCUACAUCUUCAGGCUGAGCUGCACGCGGCUGGGCCAGUGGGCCAUCGGCUACGUCACCAACGACAGCAACAUCCUGCAGACCAUCCCCCCCAACAAGCCGCUGUUCCAGGCCCUUAUCGACGGCUGCAGAGAAGGCUUCUACCUGUACCCCGACGGACGCAGCUACAACCCGGACCUGACCGGCCUCUGCGAACCCACGCCUUACGACCACAUCAAGGUCACGCAGGAGCAGUAUGAGUUGUACUGUGAAAUGGGCUCCACAUUUCAGCUGUGUAAGAUCUGCGCAGAGAACGACAAGGAUGUGAAAAUUGAGCCUUGCGGUCACCUGAUGUGCACUUCCUGUCUGACGGCAUGGCAGGUACUGUCUGUCUGUCUGUCUGGUGGUGUUGGUGUCCAGUGUACGGACAGGCAGAGUUCCCCGGGGAUGUCUCCGAGCUCAUCCCCCGUGUCCCAGCGCAAGAGGUCACCGCUGGACCCUGCCAGCAUCCAGCACCUCACCCUGCCGCCCGUCCCGCCCCGCCUGGACAUCAUCCAGAAGAGCGCGGGCCGCUCGCCGGCCGCCAGCCCCACGGGCUCCCCCAAGUCCUCCCCCGGGGUGUCGCGGAGACAGGACAAACCCCUCCCGGCUCCUCCCCCUCCGCAGAGGGACCCGCCUCCUCCCCCGCCCCCGGACCGGCCCCCUCCCGUCCCCCCGGACGGCCGUGCCGCCCGGCUGCCCCACCCCCCCACCUCCGAGGCCGCCGCCCACCUCCCCCCUCCUCCCCCUCCUCAGGAGGCCUGGAGCCCGGGGGAGAGCCUCCAGCCCAACGGUCGCCACGGCGCCGACCGCUCCCCCAAACCGCCGCACGGCGGCCGGGCCGACAGGACCGCCGCGCGAUGUCACCAGCGGCCGGAACCCGCCGCCGAGGGCGCCAAGCCACUGGCCAACGGCCUCCUGCCCAGCGACGAGUACGACGUCCUCCCUCCCCGCCAGUCCCCUCCCCCGCCCCUGCCACCUCCUGCCACAGCCGUCAGCCAGAGGCUCCAGUGCCCUUUCGCUGAGGGGGAGAGGGGGGGUCCCAGGGGGGCGGCGGAUCGGGCCGAAGACCAGUACCAGGUACCCAACUCUCACCCCGCAACAGCCUCAAACUCCCAGCAUGCCUCGCCCUGCGUCGCGGAACAAGCCCCGCCCUGCGCCUCGGGACCGGCCCCCGGCAGAGUCCUGGGGAACGGACACUGUGUUCACCCGUCUCCUGAGCGACCGGCACAGCGGCAGAGACUCAAGGCCUUCGAGCACGAGGACCUGUUCGGCACCCUGCCCCCCGCCGAGCCCCCGCCCCUUCCUCCCCCCCCAUCGCGCCACAGCUUCGUGGAGGUGUCCCCGUCCGCCCCCUGCGCCCGAGCCCGCCGGCCCGCCUCGGGGCACGAUCCCGUCCCGUUCGUUCCAGAAUUCUUUGACUUGCUGAGUGGGGCGGGGCCCUCUGCCACAGUAUCGAGGCUGGAGGGGGAGGGCAGUAAAUCUGCAGCGAGGCUUUCCCAGGAGUACGACCACCUGCCCCCCACUACAGUUUUGGCGGACGGCGUCCAGGCCCCCGCCCGGCCGCCCAAGCCCCCGCCCCGGAACACCCCCCCGGAGGUCCACCACAGGAGGCCCCACGGCAAGGGGUCGUCGGGCCACAGCGCGGACGCCAAGAUCGCCCGGCUGAUGGGCGAGGGCUACGCGUUCGAGGAUGUGAAGCGGGCCCUGAUGAUCGCGCAGAACAAGGUGGACGUGGCGCGCAACAUCCUGCGCGAGUUCGCCCUGGUGGCCCCCCGGCUCAACCUGUAGCCCCGCCCGGGGGGGGGCGGGGGGACCGGGGGUCCGGGACGUCCCCCCCCCCCGCCUCCUAGAAGUGGACUCUGUGGAGCGGUUUCACUCCAAAACGACGGUCUCUGAGAAUCAGGGUCGAUGCUGAAAAGGAGAAUUUAAAAAAAACAGAGAAAAGUUUACCUGUCGAACACUAAACCUGUGAAAAAUGUUGUUUACAGUGGACUGCUGAGCGGAGGUGCGCGCCUCUGGCAGGGGAGGGGAGGGGAAGGGAGGGGGGAAGGGAGGGGGGGGGGGGGAGGGAGUCGCUGGUGCUGCCUUCUGGUUUCUGUUUUCCUCGGGUGGAGAGACUGUCGCCAUCCCGCUGCUACUGCCACUUACUCCACCCUUUCAUCCGCCCAUCAGCGAACACCGCCUGGCUGACGUUCUGAAAUCUGUUGUAGAUCAUUAUUAUUGUUAUUAUUAUUAUUAUUAUUAUUAUUAUUACUAUUAUUAUUAUUAUUAUUAUUAUUAUGUCAUUACCCUUAUAUAUUUUGUUGCUUUAAAGGACUGGGCAUUUAAACUGAAUUUAAUGCAAAAAAAAAACUACAGAACUGGGGGGGAAAAAGCAACGCAAUGCAUGUGGCCUUCACUACUGAACCUGUUUCUCUGGAGGGCCCUGAGCCCGGCCCACGGAUCGCCUGGGCGCUGGAUGUGGUGCACCGCAUCACCGGGUCACCGCUCAGACUCCGCCAUCAGACUCACGCUGUCCACUGCGGCCCUUUCCACAUACGAAUCUGCAAAAAAACUUUGAUAAGGUCAACCCAGGGUAUUUCUGAAACACUCUCUUAAGUUAAAGUGUUGUUCUUUUCUGGUUGGGUAUCAGGGGAUGUGUAGUUUUCAGGGUACAGCUGAAUCGGUGGCCAGACAUGAGAAAAUGGGACCCAAGGUGGGUGAGCGUUUGGUCGGCCCGUGACGUGGGUGCUCCAAGCAAGACGGCCUCUUAGGAGGGCUUGGAAUGUCUGCCGAGAGGAAUCUUCUUCAGAGGAGAAGUCCUCGAUCUUACAAGGACUUACGUUGCCUUGAUCCUUUCAGCACUCCAGUGGCCAAUGACACAUGGCUUUGAUGACGUGCGGGCCAAUGACACAUGGCUUUGAUGACGUGCGGGCCAAUGACACAUGGCUUUGAUGACGUGCGGGCCAAUGACACAUGGCUUUGAUGGCGCGUGACUUCGAUGACGCGCGGGCCAAUGGCACAUGGCUUUGAUGACGUGCGGGCCAAUGACACAUGGCUUUGAUGGCGCGUGACUUCGAUGACGCGCGGGCCAAUGGCACAUGGCUUUGAUGACGUGCGGGCCAAUGACACAUGGCUUUGAUGGCGCGUGACUUCGAUGACGCGCGGGCCAAUGGCACAUGGCUUUGAUGACGUGCGGGCCAAUGACACAUGGCUUUGAUGACGUGCGGGCCAAUGACACAUGGCUUUGAUGGCGCGUGAGUUCGAUGACGUGCGGGCCAAUGGCGCGUGACUUCGAUGACGCGCGGGCCAAUCUGCGCGUGGCUUCGAUGACGCGCGGGCCAAUGGCGCGUGGCUUCAAUGACGCUCGGUCCAAUGGCACGCUGUGAUGAGCCGCACGUCUGGAGGCACGCUCAGCGUGGGGGGAAAGGGUGGCCUUUCGACUGUUUUACUAACUUUCUCAAAAGUGAACCGAAUGUAUGAGCUGGGAGUAGCCCAGUGAUCUGAGCGUUACUAACGCCCGCCCCCACCCCUAAAACGCAGUGCUUUAAUUGGCUGCUUUAACCUGUAACACAUCCCACCACCACCAUUUUCUGUCUUUUUUUGUGCUAAUAAAAAGGAAAGAAAUCACGACCCCGAGGGCUCGAUCCAAUCGCUUAUUUUUGCAUCCUUACCUCGUGUCCUUCCCUUGCUCCUUAGUUUCUGCCAUAGGAGGACGCAAGGAAAGGACGCAAGGACGGAGGAUUCGAGGAGCCAUGUAUUGGGCGAACGGAAUGUCCAUGUUCAGUCAAGUGUCAGCUUGAAGACACGUCAAUUACGGACGUGGCAGAUGGAGCGGUCGAUCCGCCGGUCCAUCAUUUAUACAUAUCACCCGUUCUGACAAAAUACACUUCUGCAAAGGAUGCGCUCGUGUUUCCUUGCUCAAACAUUCUCCGGGAGCCCUCCUGGCUCCUUGCUCCUUCAAGGAGCAUUUAACGGGUCGUAACGUCCUCAAAGACGGCGAACCUCGAUCGUUUUCCAGGUCAGGCGAGGACGGACGAUAAAACAAGUGAUUGGAACGAGCCCCAGAUGACCCGGGUUCCGGGGAGGGGAGCGUGCGUUUAGCAUUUCGGCUGCUCGUGAAUGGGGAAGUGCCAUAGUAUAAUAUCAUUACAUUUAGCUUUUUUUUAUUAUUAUUAUUAUGGAGAGAAACAAGCGGAAGAGUGCAGAAUGAUGUUGAUUAUUGUGCCAAAAAUGAAAUGGCCGGUGCGGAGUAAUACUCCGCGGUUCGUGUUGUGGAACCGCGAGUCCGCUGGUCGUUGCUUUCCUGUUCUCGGUCCUCGUUCUGACUGGAGGCCGGGGAGCUGCGGCUCGCUCCCGUCCGCUUCCGUCCGAUAAAUCCUCGCAAGUGUUCUUUUAUCCCCCGAUUACGGGCGAGUCCUCCCGCCCGAGAACAUCGUCUUUACUCUCCGCGGUCCGGCGGCCGGCCCCGAUUUGAAAGCGUAAAAAUGUAAUGAAAGGCUGUUAUUGUGAUGCAGAGGGCUUUUAACGCGUCCGGGAGAACCUGGGCGACCUCUUCCCUGAACCGCUUCCCUGACUUCUCCAAAUGGUGUCGAUUUUGAGAAAGGGGAACAAGGCUGACUCAUGCUGGUGUCUUGUGAUUUGUUUUCUUUGGUCACGUGAUCAUGUAUGUCUUUUGGUUUUGUGGAAAGAUGGACGGAACACAGCAUCUAGAUUUGGAGAUUUUGUUGUUAGUGAUUUGCCCCCACUAACCUCUUUUUUUCCCCCCCUUAAGACAGUUCUCCCAUAAUUGGUGCUAGCUGUCCUGUAGCACUGUGCAGCCUGCUGUUUGGAAAGUAAUCGCAUGUUAGUGGGCGAGUGCCUCAUAAUAGAGCACACGUCUCCACUUUAACGCCGCUUGCACAGGUACCUGUGAAAAACACAGUGGCUCCAGAUACAAUAACCCAUUCAAAACUGUAGAGAAAAAAAAGGGAGAAACUGAUUUGAGAAAUGUGCGAAGCAACCCCCGUUUCAGAAGAAAAAAUGUAUUUGAUUACAGUAAAAACUGUCACACGAAAAGCAAUCCUCAAAAUGCAGGAGAAGUGUGCAGGGUUUCAUUUCCGUCCUGUUUUUUCAAUUAAUGAAUUGAACCGGGCUCAUUUCCUGAAUUGAUUGAAUUGAAUUGGAACGGAAUCGAACCCCCCGCCUCUGACGCUUUGCCCGGGCUGUGGAGUGCGGGGCUCCUGGCGGCGGCGGCGCGUGCGUUAGCAUGCUAAUCAGCGCCGAGGUAAAGAUCUUCCGCAGGUGUGGGACUCUCUGGCGUGCUGUCCGUUCCAAUUUCCAUCCCUAACAAAAUCUCCAAAUUAAAUCUGCAACAGAAAUAAUUAUUUUGUUUCUUGUUAUCGCAAGAAGAUAAUUUGUGUAGUCCGGCAUCUCCCGAGUUCGCAUUCGAACAGUAUUACCGCAGUCUUCAAAACGUAAUCGAAUCACGCCAUUUGUUUAUUGCCAAAUAUGCAAUGACCAGAAUCCAUUUGGCUGUCACCUUGUGUAGUUCUCGGAGAAAAUCUAAAUUUAAAAGAUUUAUUUUUUUUACGGAAAAUCCGUAGUGAUUAUAUUUGAUUGUUCGAGGUUCUCACAACGACAGAAAACAAUAAAAGGAAAACGAAAAUAACGCUACUCUUCUGCGACGCCAGCGCGACAGGAGCGCAGUCUGGAACACCACCACCACCCCCCUCCCCUCCUCGGUCCGGCUGAAUAUGGAGCUUCCGCUGUGCGCUAAGGCGUGUUUCUGUGCUACAUGCCCUCCGGCCAGAGCGCAUCCAGCCUGACAAACAGGGCCGGCUGUGUGAGGUUCUGGGCGUGGGGCUGACGGGAGCCGCAGCCUCUGUGUGCAAAGCCAGAACACUGCCUUUCUGUGAGACGAGACAAGUCAAGUCUCUGCUUAGCCUUUAUAGUCCUGCAGGGUGCUGAGAAGCUACGCUGCGUUGUCUCAGACAUGCAUGUUAAACUGAUGCAUGCUUUGGGUGCCCCUCUCUACAAAGCCCUUGAUUUGGAGUGUUUUUUUUUGUUUUGUUUUUUUUUUUGGACGAAAAUAUAAGACUUUGAAUCUUUUAUAAACGCAUUGUUCUUGAAUGUGCAUUGCUGUUGGGUUUAUAGAAGCCCAUCUGUGGCAUUCUAAGACUGGUGGAUUCUUAAUAAUCCUGUAGGAGGUUGGGGUCCUGCAAUGUGCUGGCAUAAGACAGUGUUAGCACACCCAUCUGAUUGACAAUUUAAGUUCAAAUGCUCUAUGAGCUAGCGACACAAAAUCAGUCCUAAUAUCUGCAGUACCAUGGAUUUUGUCCGCACAUCCAGGAUUCAGUCUCUUUUAAAAAGAUCUGUCCUCUUUAAACGUGCCGCAGAAGGGCUCGUCACCCCAGAGAGACUGCUGUUUUUCUCAGCGUUUAAACAUAACCGGUUGCGUUGUGUACUAAUUCUCCGAUUAUGCGUAAGUGUAUUUACUCGUGGUUAACGGUGAGUUCGUUAAAGAGGCCAUUUUGGAGAGUAACUAGCGGACGGGCGACAGAAGCGGUGUGUUCAGAGCCGUUUUUAAUGAGGCCUUUAGAGUUCACGGCGGCGUCUUAAUGAGGGGCCGUCGUCGAGCGAUCCGACUGCCCGUGUCUUCUGCGAGUUUGCCUGGUUCUGCCACUUCUCCCCAUUGCCGUCUUUUUCUUUCGUUACUUUGAAGCCUAAUUUGUUUUCACUUUUUUCCAUUUUCUCUUGUCCUGAACUUGAAAAGUCUCCAAACUGCUAAUAAGCCUGUCUGGGUGGGCUAUGUCUUCAGGUGGCAGUAUGUCUUUUUUUACUUUAUUUUUAGAGAAAAUGUGUCGAAAUGCCCUGUCUAAUAUGUAAAGCUGUGAUAUGUUCAAUUAAUUUAUAUUUUAUGAAAUCAUUAUUUUGAUUUUUUUUUUCUUCUGUGAUACUGGUGGCCUACAGUAUAAUCUGUUGUGCAAUGUUUUAUAUAAAUUGGUUGCAACAUUUGAA